GUGAACAAGUUGUUGUCGUCGCGUUUUUUACGAUUGCUUUAUUUAUUUUUCCUGUUAACGUUCCUACUUUUCAGCUUGUGUUUGCGCAAAAAAGAAGAAACAUGCUCCAACGUCCAGACCACACUCUUCUCCAGGAUCCGUCCUACCCCAAGGAUGUUCGUGUCAAGCUGACCGAAAAUGGACCUGCCCAAGCUGGUAAGCAGCUGUUCCAGGCGGACCCAGCUGUCAUUGAUCCGCAGCUGAGUGAGGCUGUGUCACUCGGAACGACCAUUCUUGCGGUUUCGUACAAGGGAGGUGUUGUGCUCGCUGCCGACUCACGCACAUCUUCUGGCACAUAUGUGGUGAACCGCGCCAGCAACAAGCUGACGAAGCUAACGAAGAAGAUCUAUUGCUGCCGCAGUGGUUCUGCUGCCGAUACGCAGGCGCUUGCAGAACGCGUCUCGAGCUACCUAGGCAGCUACCAGACAGAUGUCGGCGCGGACGUAAAUGUCGCCACCGCCGCAAACCUAUUUCAGAAGAUGUGCUACAUGAAUAAGUGGAACAUCUCGGCCGGCAUUAUCGUGGCUGGCUACGAUCCCAUCAACGGCGGUUCAGUCUACAGUAUUCCAUCUGGCGCGUCGUGCGUGAAACUCGAUUACGCGCUGGGCGGAAGUGGUUCUAUUUUCCUGUACUCGUUCUUUGACGCGAACUUUAAGCCGGGAAUGUCGAAGAGCGAGUGUAUUGCGUUCUGCCAGAAGGCGGUGGCGCACGCGUACAGCCGUGACGGAUCGAGCGGUGGUCUGAUUCGCACGAUUGCCUUGGACGCGGACGAGCCGGAGGAUCAGACGAUCCCAUGGAACAAGACACCGUACUGCAUGGAGAAGGACCCCAAGUAUCAGGAGCAGGCGGUCCAGAACCUGCCUUUCAGCAGCAGCGCGAAGAUUACUGGUAACCGCACGUCUUCUGCGUGA